CAGUCGCCAUUAGACAAGCAGGAGUAGGAGCAGAGGCUGGAGCCAGUCCAUCCCUGAGCACAAGGCACUGUAGCCAAGGUAGUGAGGCAAAAGCAACAACCCAGGCCAAGGCAGAAAGAGACAAAAGGGGGGAGGGAGACACAAACCAGGCAGUACAGCAAGGAGCAGGAAGCAAAUCCAAGCAGCACAAGGCAACAAUCACAGUGCAGCAGAUUGAGCACUUGCAGAAGGGACAGCUCCUUCUUUCCCACCAGCUCUGUUUAUAUUAUGACAGCAAAACUCUGAAGAUCUUCCUUUGCUGAUUUCUUCAUUAUCAGGUGUUUACCCAAGAAAAGCAUCUGAUCUAUUUGUGAACAUGCCUGAGCAAAGUAAUGAUUAUAGAGUAGUAGUAUUUGGAGCUGGAGGUGUGGGUAAAAGCUCCCUGGUCCUACGCUUUGUAAAAGGUACAUUUCGAGAAAGCUACAUACCAACUAUUGAAGACACCUACAGGCAAGUGAUCAGCUGUGACAAAAGUAUAUGUACUUUGCAAAUUACCGACACCACUGGAAGUCACCAAUUUCCAGCUAUGCAGCGCCUGUCUAUAUCAAAAGGACAUGCCUUCAUUUUGGUUUACUCCGUCACCAGCAGGCAAUCCCUGGAAGAACUUAAGCCAAUCUAUGAACAGGUUUGCCAGAUUAAAGGGGAUGUAGAGAGCAUUCCUAUUAUGCUGGUUGGAAAUAAAAGUGAUGAAAACCAAAACAGAGAGGUGGACAGCUCGGAUGGAGAAGCAAUAGCAAAAAAAUGGAAAUGUGCCUUCAUGGAGACAUCUGCCAAGAUGAACCACAAUGUAAAGGAGCUGUUUCAAGAGCUUCUAAACCUUGAGAAACGCAGGACUGUGAGCCUUCAGAUAGAUGGCAAGAAGAGCAAGCAGCAGAAAAGGAAAGAAAAACUGAAAGGCAAAUGUGUUGUCAUGUAAAGGUCUAUAUAGUGCUCCUCUAACCUUGCAGCGCUGGAGAUGAUAGGGAAACUGCAUGCACAACACUUAGCAAUGCACUAUUUUAUUAUCCGGAAAUAAAUGGCACAUAAUUUACCUGUUUUACCUCAAGAAAUGUUUGAGGUAGAAAGGAUUAGACUUGAAAAUAAUUUAGUGUCAAUUUUAUCUUGUUCAGUAUCACUUAAUAGGACUAAAUGGUCAUUUCCAGCAUGCAACUUGCUAGAAAUGCUUAUGAGGAAAAUUUAGAUUUUUAUUUAUUUAUUUAUACAUAGAGACUGAAAAUAUGAAAUUGCAUGUGAUAACCAUGCAUAUACAAAUGAUACUAAUAAGAUUAAAAUAAGAUUAAACUUUCCUGCGUAUUGCUAUAGUGCAGGAUUUCGGCUUUCACAACUGGUAUAUUUGGGGUUUAUAACUUGGGGAAAUAUUAAACGCAAAUGACUAUGUACCUUUCAUGCAUGAUAGGACAUGUCCAUACUACUAGUACUACUACUGCUGUACUCAUUUUAGAGCGUAUUUUAUAAAAGAAAAUAUAUAACACAUAGCAUGUAA